GUGUAAACUGUAUGAUUAUUUCUGAUCUUUCGACGGAUAAUUUAGUGAAAGACUCAACCAGAACGAAUAUGAUUUUUCUCCUAAAGCGCCAUGUGUGCGAAUGAGAGAACAAUAGCGUUCCAGAUUCAAACGAUUCGAUACGAAGAAUGUCAAGUGAGACUGCACAUGGCAACAUUGACAACAAUCUUUGUUUUGAUUUGGUGAUUAAGUUGACUAUUUGAAUAUACACCGUAAAAAAUCCAAGUAUUUGUUAAUUAAAUAGAAAAAUGUCCGGCCAGCAGCACCCUAAACGUGAGCAUCAAGCACGAAUCGCGUUAAGAUAUAGACGAACUUCUAUGGACUCAAUGAAGACUGAAUUCCGCAAUAGGUUUCUUGCGCGACUUCGAACAACACGGAGCAAGAGUGUCGACCGUUUACGCAGUAUUGCUGAGAACUAUGAUACCGACAGGGAGUUCAAUUCACUUACUGAGCUUCGACGAGUGCUACUUACCGAGCAAAACCAAAAGAGCCUAGUAGGUUCUGAUGAUGUCAGUGAUUUGCUGAGUGAAGUUGAAGAAGAAUUGCGACAAGUCAGACUAGAAUAUGAAGCUGACACCUAUGCGGAACAAAGUAUUGAAGAGACUGAAGAUGUAGUGCAUCGAUUUCUGACAAAAUGCGAGAUUUGUCUGAAUUUAUCCGUAGUGCCCAUUUGCUCCAAGUGUAAUUCCCAGUUAAGUUUCGAUAUGAACUAAAAUGCAGAUAUUGAUUGAAAAAAGAGCUUAUUAGUCUAUAUUCUUCUAUGUGUUUUAUGCAUAUUUCUUCCAAAUUUUUCAAAUUAAACUGUUUCCUUACUCAGCCUAUGAAGGCUUUCCUAGCCGGUGAAAGUAGCGAUUGAAAACUUUUCCGCGCUUAGUCGUGGAUCAUUGAAAUUACAUCUGAAGGGAAAUAAAUCAUCAAAAGCGAUGAGCAAAAAUUCAAUGAUCUUUACCUCCGGGAGCAAUUCCAUUGAACCACGGCUUAUAAGCGCAUAUAACUUCAGUCGAUAAUUUCCUGUUUUUUUUUACUUUUUUACUAAAUCAACCUCGCUUUCUUUAAUUUUCAAUGUUUGUUUCCGAAAUUCAGUUCCUAUGAACGUCUUCUUUCGACGGGCCUGAUAAUGGUGGUUGCUCAACAUUGGAAUCAUAUUUUGUCAUAACAUUAAAAUAAUAUCUUCAUUGUAGCCCCUUUUCGGGUUACUACUACAUGGUAAUUAUCCCUCUCACUGUUGAGGCAAGUCAACUAGUUUACCGCUUAUUUAAUUUUCUUCAUUUAGACUGAUUCUUUGUGUUCAAGAGGCAAAAUCUGCUUUUUAAUAUUAUGUAUUAAUUUCGUUGAUUGAUCGACGUUUUUUCCGAAAUAUGAGAGAUCUAAACUUAAUGAUUUGAAGCAUAGGGCAAAACGCUUAAGUUUUAGUUGUAUAUAUUUUUUACUUUUGGCAAUUCUUCAACAACUUAUAUUUAAACGGGAAUAAUUGUGGAACUAAAUAAGCAACAAUUAGCUAUAAUUGCUUUAAACAUAAUGUUAUAAUUGGCGGCUCAAGUAACUUAAAUCGGUUGGAUUACCAAAAAUGGGUCUAUACAUAUAUAUACAUAGCAUUCACAAAACACUGACAGAGUAAACGUUGAACGAAUGAACUCCAACACCAAUAAAAUAUUGACUUUUUAAACAAGAGUAAUUGCUUCCUGGCCAUCUUCGGCCGAAAUUUGUUGUCGAUUUUCUAUAAAAACUUUCUAUACUGUUUUACAACCAUGGUUUGUCUGAAUUGGCAAUUUCAUAUUCAAUUCAGGAACAAAAUAAGAAUAAACGCAAAGUUUUUAGAUUAAUAGUUACAGACAAAAAUGUGAUUCAUUUGAAUGACUAAUGCCACUUUUAGAAAUGCUGUUAAUUUAGUUAAAUUCAAAUAAUUUAACGUAAUGUAUAAUCACCAUUCGCUCUCCCUCUGUUUAUAAUAAAAAUACCAUGAAUUAUGUGCCAUAAUCAAGGAAAUCCUAUAUUAUCUGUACCCCGUAAAAUUGUUCAUCUGAACAAUGCAAAACGCAUUCAGAAAAUAGCGAUUACUUUGCCCAAAUGAACAAUUUUUACAGGAUCUUUUCCCCUGUUCGUCAUUUGAUGUGAAACAACUAUUACAUGUAUAAAUAUAAUAUAAAUAUGGAAGGGUAUUUUUUACCAACUAUGUUUCAUGAUACAGAAGAGCUAAAUCAGUAUUUUUACACAUUCCUGACGUCAGUACCUGCAAUGUGGCAUACAGGGUGCAUAACAUGCAUUGAUUAGACUGGUUUUAAAGGGUUGAGAGUUUAUGAAGUAAAUAUUAAGUGUUGUGAUACCCAUGAUUAUUUUCCUUUGUUACAAUGUUUAUAAUAAACUUUUUAAAAUUC